CACUGCAUCAUUUAUAUGCGAGUGUUCCACAGCUGGAAACCUGUUAAUGCAGGUCAAUUCCUUCCUAUAUCCCUCAAUCUAUCCUCAUUUCACAUCUCCCUUCCCUUUCCCUCCAUCAACCAAGCUCCAAGCUGGUGAUAUCCUCCGUCUCAAGCUUGUUCCGUAAGGGUCGAAUACAGUGAACAUGGCAGGUGGACCUCCAGAGCAGGAGCAACACCUCCCCGGAGGGCAUUAUUCCGGGAGAAAUCCUGUACCAACUAUCAAUCAAUUCCUUCGGAGUCUCGACAGUGAAAAGACGGAGAGAGACAAGCGGAUUGAUGCUGAGCUGGCCCAGAAACGCGAGAAGCUGAUGAGCCAGAACGAAACCAAUCAAGAUGUAAAAGCCCAUGAGGUUGAGGCCCCAACUACGAAGGCUGCGCAAAAAAGAGUCACGGAUCCUACAACUGGCCGGGAGGUGGUCAUUGAAGAUGUUGGGAAAGAUACCUAUAAGCUAGUCGAGGAUCCAAUCCUCUCGGUCCCGAAUGCAAAUCUCGGUAAAGAGACACAUAUCAAAACGGACUCUUCGCAACCAUUGGAAGAAUACAAGGAAAACCAAGACGUCACUGCACCUCCCGAUCCAGUUGCGGAGGGCACGACAUCCGAUGUACCCAUCCACGGCGAAAAGACAAACGUUCUGUUCCAUCCCACCCCGUCAGUCAGUUAUGAGCCUACCUUCAAGGUCCUCGAAACACGCGCCAACGCAUUGGCGAUCGGCAUUGUCCUUGCAACUGUCGUUGUUGGCAAGUUGUUCGGCGGACGGUUGCUCGGAUUGAUUCCUCUAGGCUUGUGCCUUGGUACUGGCGUGUUCCUCUGGGCAAAGGAGGUGAUCCGCAGUGGAAGAGAAGUAGAGUGGGAAAGCGAGAAACAGCGAGGAGAAGUAGCAACGUUGAACUUGCUUCCCGAGUCUACCGAGUGGCUGAACACACUUCUCGGGAUUGUUUGGGGCAUGAUGGAUCCCGACAUGUUCACUGCCGUCGCAGAUACCCUUGAAGACGUCAUGCAGGUGUCUGUCCCAGGUGUCAUUGAGAAUGUCCGAGUUGCCGAGAUCAAUCAGGGAAGCAACCCCCUCCGCAUUCUAAGUCUCAGGGCUCUUCCAGAUGGUCAUAUGAAAGAGAUGAAAGACUCGAUUCACGAAGAGAACAAGAAGUCCAAGGAUCCACAAGAGGCUGCCGCUGAUGAAGAGGGUGGGGAUUAUUACAACCUGGAAGCCUCCUUCGGAUACCAUGCAUCACCUAGUGGAAAGCGAGCAUCGGACAAGGCACGCAACAUGCAUAUGCAGCUCGUCUUCUACCUCGGAAUCAAAGGUCUCUUUGGAGUGCCACUGCCCAUCUUUGUCGAGCUUCAAAGGUUGGUCGGCACUGUUCGAUUGCGGUUGAACAUGACCCCCGAACCACCAUUCCUGAAGACAGUGACCUUUACCCUGAUGGGUGUUCCACAAGUCCAGGCUGGUUGCAUCCCGAUGGUGGAGAAAGGCGUCAACAUCUUAAACCUGCCACUGAUCUCGAACUUUGUCAAUUACGCCAUCAAAGCAGCCUCGAGCAUGUAUGUCGCUCCGAAAUCGCUCACUAUCGAUAUGCGGGCCAUCUUGCAAGGCGACGAUAUUCAAAAGGACGUCCAGGCUCUUGGAAUUCUCUGGAUCCGUAUCCAUCGUGCCAUCGGUCUCAGCAAGCAAGACAAGCGCGGUAGCAAACAUGGUGGAAGUGACCCAUACAUCACGCUUACCUUCUCGAAGUAUGGAAAGCCAAUGUGGUGCUCCAGAGUCAUUACCGAUGACUUAAACCCCAUCUGGGAGGAAACGGCGGCUUUGCUGGUCACCCCCGAACUCAUCAAGGCAGCUGAAAACUUGAGCGUUGAACUUUGGGAUAGCGAUCGUCACUCGGCUGACGAUAUUGUCGGCAAAGUUGAGCUCUCGAUGCAAAAGAUGAUCCAACAUCCGGGUAAGAUGUACCCUCAGGUGUCUAAGCUGGCCGGUAUGGAUUCCGACAGCACCAUGCCCGGGGAGCUACACUGGGAGAUCGGAUAUUUUGGUAAACCACAAUUCCGGUCUGCUCUUCGUAGCGAUGGCAAGAAUCGAUCCCUACCAAAGGAGCUCCAGGACAACCCGGAAUUCCAGGAUGACAAGGGUACAACCAACACCGCGACGGACGAUGCGGUGAAGACCACACCUCCUGACCCACUCUGGCCUAGCGGUAUCGUCAGCGUGGUUGCCCACCAGAUCGUCAACCUGCAGCUCGAGAACAUUAAGGGCACUUCAGGCAGCCGAAAGAACCGAGAAUACGAGCCUGCGAAACCGUAUGGAGAGACCACGGAACAAGAAGGCAAGAGCUUGCCAACUUCAUACUGCACUAUCCUCCUAAACGAUGAGUUGAUCUACCGCACCCGCGCAAAAGCCGUGUCCAGUCAGCCCAUCUUCAACGCAGGAACGGAACGGUUCGUCCGAGAUUGGCGGUCUGCCCUUGUCACCGUAACCGUCCGUGAUCAGCGAAACCGUGAACACGACCCCAUUCUGGGCGUUGUGCCGCUGAAGCUGUCCGACGUCCUAGAGACCAGCUCACAGGUCACUCGCUGGUAUCCUCUCGAUGGCGGCGUUGGUUUCGGACGCAUCCGAAUCUCCCUGGUGUUCCGCAGCGUUGAAACGAGACUGCCGCCAAACAUGCUAGGCUGGGACGUUGGAACAUUCGAGUUUACCUCCCCCCAGGUCCUCGCGAUCGGCUAUCAACAUGCUGCUAAACUUAAGCUCCGUACUGGAGGUAGCAUCGGCCAGAUUGGCAGGUCUAAAUGCGAGAAAUUGCAAGAAGGCGACGGAUACUAUUGGGACGUCAACGAGGUCGACGGUCAGAAAGCCGUCCAACUUCCUGUCAAGCACCGAUACCGUUCACCCGUGGUGUUCGAGCUCCAUAUUUCCGGCAAGAGGAAAGCCGACGCCUAUGCGGCCGUCUGGCUGCACCAUCUCGUCGACAACGAAGACUCGCCUAUCAACGUCCCUAUCUGGCAAACCGCCGCCCCGGCCCGCCUGACGCAGAACUACAUUACGGAGGACAAUUGCGCGAACGAGAAAGGCCUUGAAGACCUCAAGGAAGUCGGCCGUCUCCAGUUCCGCGCUCGAUUCAAGGCCGGAAUGGACGAGUCUCACCAGGCGUUCAUCUCAGACAACGACACCCGCGAGACGUACGAGACCUGGGAAGCCUGCCUCGCAGAAGGCGUACGCACGCGGCAAGUCGAGAAAGAAGUUCCGGAUACGGUGCAGGUGCUGCAUGAGCGUAGCUUGACGGAAGGGCGAGAUGUGUUGAAGGCCGCGUCGGAAGAGGAAAAGAAGAAGUGGAUUACCAAGGACGGGACGGAUUGGAGUGGCGCGUUUGGUGAGGACCCAGCGAUGUUCAUGGAUGCAAAAGGGAAGAUGAAGCGCCAGCCGGGCGCAGAAGCACCGCUCACGCAAGAGGAGCGCGGAGAAGCUGAGGACUAUGACGAUGACGAUGAAGAGCACGACUCCAACGAAGAUCUCGGGAUCCAGGACGCCGACAACGCGCACUUCGCUAAAGAAGACGCAAAUGGCGACGCGACCAAGUCGUUCAUGGACGGCACCACGGACCGCAGCAGGUCCACCACGUCCGGCGGAACGGAGGACACGUCGACGAGCAGCGGGUCGACGUCGACCAAGGACGUCAACAAGCAGAAUCGGCGGACGGAGCAGCGGAAGCAGCGGGGGCUGAUGCAGUGGAAGCCGGCGCGGAAUGCGAAGUUCGCGAAGGACCAGGGGGCACUGGGUGUGCGGAAGUUGAAGGGGAUGGUUACGGGGGGGUUGGAGGGGCGGCAGCCGGGGGUGGAGACGGAAACGGGAUAA